AUGGCUCCACAAGGAUUUAAUGUGCUGAUUGUGGGUGCAGGCAUUACUGGAUUACUUCUUGCCCAGACUUUGAAGGCGAUAGGAAUCCGUUUUAGAAUCUUCGAGAGUGAGGUAUCAGCUGUCCGCUACAGACCACGCGAAUGGGCAGUUGCUAUACACUGGGCCCUUCCAAUGCUUCGCGAGGUCCUCCCCCAAGAUCUCUGGCACCGUCUAAAAGAUACCCAGACAGAUCCUCUUCAACUUGCUUCCAAUUCCGAUUAUAUUUCAGUUUAUAAUUCUGGUACUGGCAAGUUGUUGAAGAAGCUGCCAGGAGUGGGAAUGCGGAGAUUUUCUCGACGAAAAUUACGAGCCUUGUGCAGUGAAGGUAUUGCCAUCGAAUACAACAAGACCCUCACAGAGAUAGUAUAUCAAAAUGAACGAGGGGUCACCGCCAAAUUUGGAGACGGCACGGAGUGUUCCGGAGAUAUCCUCAUUGGUUGUGACGGUGCUCAUUCCAAAGUCCGCAACCUUCUUUUUGGAGAAGCCAGUGCAAAACCAGUGUCAUCGGGGGUGUCCCAAUUUUCUGCCUCAUUUUCCUUUAGUAGCGCGGCCUUUGCCGAUUAUAUGCGGAGGGGGAUCCCACUAUCAUCGGUUGGGUUAAACCCUAGCGGCGUUUACCUUUUAAUCUAUCUGCUUGAGACUCCCGAGCCCUCUUCCCCGGAGACCUGGAUUUUUCAGAUUAACUGGUCAUGGCUUGGUCCACAUGACCCCAGCCUCGAUGAUGCGGGGAGGCUUGCAAAAAUAAAGAGCAUGGCUGAUACAUUUUCGGAACCAUUUCGGUCAAUCUGCCUUGGAAUUCCUGGUGAUACCAGGAUCUAUGCAGAUUCUUUACACUAUUGGGUUCCUAGGCUCUGGACCCCUAAUAGAGGCAGAGUUACCCUAGCGGGAGACGCGGCACACCCAAUGCUUCAACAUCGUGGUCAGGGAAUCAAUAACUGUAUCCGUGAUGUCCUGGAACUUGCCAACGCUAUGAAACUAGGUCAACAGGAUGACCAUGGCCUUAUGGAUGUGAUAUCAUCUUAUGAUAGAGAAAUGAUCAGCAGAGGAGAGGUUGAGGUCCAAAGCUCCGUCAAGGAUGCGCUUUUGCUCCAUACAUGGCAUAAAGCCAUGGAAUCACCGUUUAUGAAGAUGUCUGUUGGUCCUAGGUUUUGA